AUGGAAACACGACCUUUGUACCCCGACGACAUCGUUGCCAGAAAAUCCGACUUGAUGCAGCUGGCGGUUGUCGAACGCACGGUCGAAGACAUCGACUCCCACACUCCAUAUCCUGGUCAAGGCCAAGAACCAAUCAUCCGCGACCGAAGCAUAUCCCAAUCUGCCUUUGGGCGAUUCUUGAGAGAUGGUAUACCACCAAAGGACACGGUCCUCAUCCGUCUGCGGGACGACACAAGCAUGGAGCUGCUUCCUACCUCAAAAGUCAAGCUCAUCGAUCGUUCACUUCUGAUAGGGGAUAUCGUGAAACGGUCCUCAAGCGAUGCAGUGAGUGGUGUCAUUCUCCAGACAUCGACUAAAUGUUCGCUGCAGCCGAUGUGCGAUGUUACCUUUCAAGGCACUCAGACCUUCAAGGGAAUACUACCUCCUGGAAAGUACAACCCCACCACAUCACAAUUCUGCGUAUAUCCAAAUGGCAAACCGGACAUUGUGACUGAGAUACCAUCUUCCGAAUUGCGGGUUACUGACUCGCCGACGGAGGAAGAUCUGGUGGUCUACAAAGACUGGAUUGGUCGAGUGGAAGCUAUCACGAAUAACAUUCAGAUCAGACUGUCUGAUAACUGCGUGGUCGAGAUUCCAGACGAAUCUGGGGAGCACGUUGAUGGAGCCCUUGGUACUUUUGCGAUUGGAGACAUCGCAAAAACGAAGAAAGGCAAUCUACGCAGGGGUCAUUGGAUCUUCGGGCAAUACAAUGCGAACACCCCUCCAGUCGGUACUGUCGUCAGCGUCCGCACUGUGGAAGCAGAGAUUUCAUGGCUGCAAAAACGGGUAGGAAGUCUGGCGGAUGAGCCUCCCUCUUCGCUGGAGCGGCCAGAGCUUGAAUCUCCCGAUUUCCAGGUCUACGACCGAACCAGACGUCCGACGCAACGGGACUCAAACCUGUCGUACAACACGAUCUCGAACUCUGAAAUUGACGUGAAGCUGGAUACCAGAGUGCGCUUCAAGGAUCUCACCGGCGCCUGCCUCAAGUACAAUACGCCCUCGCACCCCAAUCGAAUACCUAAGCUUGACCGGAUGGACAAUCUUGGCUACGAUCUUAACGUGUUCGAUAUCGUAGCAUUCUCGACGGAGGUUGUCGUUCAAUGGCAGGAUCUCACAAUCACGACAGAUAGAAGCAUAGACCUUGUUCCAGAUGGCAAUAUCGACGAUGAGCAUGCUGCAUGGCCAAGCGAGAUUACACACAGUCUGAAUCUCCAACCUGUACUCGGUAUGGACGGCAUCGAGCAGCCCGAAAAGGUGGGCAUAGUUCAUGCCGUAAAUGCGGCCGAGCGUAUGGCCACGGUGAAGUGGUCGCCCGACUCAUACAUUCACUAUUCAGGGGAUGCGGACGACGAGGGCGAGAUCCGGCCCAUUGUCGCGCAUGCAAUCAGGACCCCUGUAUUCGAGGAAGAAGUCAGCUUGUACGACAUUGAGGCUCCAGCGCCCCUGAAUGUUCGCCGCGGCGACAUUGUGUUAAUCACGAAGCCAGCUACCUCUUCACAACCUGGGGACGCCCCUUGGCUUGGGGAGAUCGUCGACACGCCGCUUGAUGGCACCUUCGUGGUUCGCUUAGGGGCGGCAUCUGAAGUGAGAGAUGUUGUCAUGUUCCGUGAGGAAGCCGUGGUAGCAGUUCGAUCAGACGGCACUGAUGAUCUGGGGGAUCCGUGGGGUCAAAACGAAAUGGACGAAGAUGAGGAGGAUGAGGAAUUUUCGGAUGACGACGAGGGCGAGAGCAUUGACGAGUGGGAGAGCGGCGACGAGGAGAUGAUUGCUCGCUACGAGGACGAGAAUGGGGAUCCAAUGGACGAGGAGGAGGUCGAGAACGAGGAGUGGGAGUCGGCGGACGAAGAGGACGCGGAGAUGCAAGACGCCCCAGAGCAUCAAACACCACCGACCUCACAAUCAGCUACACCGACUGAUACCAGCGAUCGAACGGUCAACCAAGCGUCGCAACUCACACACCUCAACCUUCAACCCGCAGGUGGCCCGCUUUCGUAUUCGGUCCUUGAUGGCGAUCCGCCCUCAGAUCACCAUUUCGCGAACGAGCCUGCCACCACUUCGUCCAACCACAUGAGACGCACUCAGAAAGAACACAAGAUUCUUCGCAAUCCUUCAACACUUCCCCAGGGAGUCUACAUCCGGACGUACGAGACACGACUCGACUUGCUUCGUGUAUUGCUUGUAGGGCCAACAGAGACACCCUACGAGAACGCACCAUUCGUCGUUGACUUCUACCUUCCACCCGCCUUUCCGACAGAGCCACCUCAGUCGUUCUUUCACUCUUGGCCAGCUCACGCUUCGAUUGGAGCUCUUGGCCGAGUGAACCCGAAUCUGUACGAAGACGGCAAGAUAUGCUUGUCACUUCUGGGAACGUGGGAAGGCAACAAAGGAGAGGGGUGGAAUGCAGCAAGAAGCACCCUUCUGCAGGUGAUCGUAUCGCUCCUGGGCCUCGUCCUGGUUCGCGAGCCGUACUACAACGAAGCCGGCUACGAGGCGCUUGUAGGCACGGAGUCGACAAAACGACCAAGCGCACUAUACAGCGAGCGGAUCUUCCUUCGUGCAAAAGGCUUCCUCAUCACCGCGAUAACAUCGGUGAACGACACGGCUGGAUUGAAAGGAUUCGAAGACGUAGUCAACUGGCUGUACCGCCGUGCCGAUGGGCCGAAGCUACUCGACGCCACCAUCAAGAACGUCGAAGAGGUUUUGCAGAGGAGUGACGGAUCUUCAGAACCAAAUGGACUUACGGUCAUGUCUAAAGGCGCCUGCGUAUCGUUGAAGCGAGUGCUGGAAAGGCUGAACGAGCUGAAGGCCAAGGGCUGA